AAGCCCCUAGAAUCUAGUUCCAUCAGUAACAAUCAGUAAGCGCUCCUAACCUAACUUGAAAACCGCGAAAUCGAAUACCGUUUGUCAUAGAUUUUCAUCUUUUAUUAAGGCUUUAUAAAGACAAUUCCACUGUAUUUGAGAAAAGGUUGAUAUUUCCUCGAGACAUUUACUAAGAAAAUGGAUCGUACGAACAUAGCAAGUCCAUCAGGAAGAACGUUGGCCUCCCCUAGGAAGCGAAUGUCAAUAAUUCAAUCGCUCAAGAAGAACAGUUCCACAACGAGCGUCUCUGGACGGACGAAUCAAUCCGUCCAAGUAAUAUGCAGGACGCAGAGCCACACGGUGGAAAGCUUUGGCUCUCCAUUGCCGGUUCUAGUCACCGAGGCGUUGACAUUUCUAGAUCGGAAUACAGCCGUCAGCGUUAACGUAUCUGUCCAAGGUUGGGCCUGGCUUGUCUACGGCCGCAAAUUGCUUGUAUGGCAAUGUAAAACGAAUAUUCGCGAUUCCAAGCAAAGGAGGACGUUUAAGACGCAGUGUCGCGAAUUAUUGUUACCUCAAAGCGAUCUGGCCCAUAAAGCUGAUUGCAUAGCGGUUUGGGUACCGCCUGGUCACCAGGUUCCUAGCUGCAUGGCAGUCUCGCCAGAAGGAGUGGUGCGUUAUUGGGCGAGCGUGGCGCACGAAGGAUCUUCCGUGGAGACCAGCGCUGAACUCGCAGGGCAGGAAGUAGACUGCCUUAUUCACGUACCAGGCCAUGGAUGCAUUCUAGCCACAACCACGUGUACGGUGGCGCUCUUGCAACCGCAGUUCAACAAUGGCAAGAACAAUAUUGCAUGCCAGGUGCUCCGGACGAGUCAGGGCUGGCUCGGCGGCAUAGGUCGCCGAAUGACUAGCCUAAUUUUCGGAGCGAUACCGCAAUCGCCCGUCACAGAGACCAAACUGGUCAAGGUCACGUGCACGCAACUGGACCAGAGGAGCUCGAGAGUUCUCAUUCUCGCUGGAUCCUCCUUACAGUACUGGCUCUUUACCCGCGACGAACAUGAGAAGAUGGAAUUUGACGAGGACAUUACUCAUAUCGUUCAGCAAGCGUUCCAGAGGAAAAUUUGGGAAUCGAGUCCACAAAGCAUGAAUACGUGGUUCGUCGAUAUGCAGACAUGCGAGGAAGGGAUAGUCCUUUUAAUGGCGGCCUAUUGCUCCGACAUAUCCAUAGAAAUUCAUUUUGCGCUUGGAUUAUUACCCUUGGCCGGCACGGCAUUGUCAGAUUCGUUCAAAUGGUUCAUACCGGUCAAAUUCGACCCGAUAUUUUAUCACAACGAUAUAGAAUCGUGGUUGGUCUCGUAUCACUUUAUACUGUGUGGCUGGGAGGCAGUGAUAUACAACCGGCACGACGUUCUCGUGGUUAACACCGCGUCCCAAGUCGAGCAGGAUAAGAUCGAGCUGGUGAGAGGCGGCGAGGACGGUAUACUCGGCGGUGCGAUAUGCUCGUCGACUCCGGUAUUGUUCACGAAAAGCAUCGGUCUUGUGUCCAUCACGCCGGUGGAUUUCGCGAUGCAGGAUUUCAAUGCCGGAUACACGGAUGCCACCGUGAGCAUGGACUACACCUACAAGGUCAAUCAGACGGCCCAAAACUUUUCCACUCUUAUAAGCAACGAUCAACUGCAGGAUAUGUACUGCAGCUCCGACGCGGCCACGCAAUUACGCGCCGCCUUUCUCCUGAGCCUGCGGCAGAAUAAGGCGCAGUGCGACGAGAUUCUCUCGCAGCUGUUUCCUCUGCAGGAGGACCCGGUGAUGGAUAUCGACGCCACUCUCGACACGCUCGUUUUAAAGGUCGCGAAGGACCUGAUUGACGAUUUCCCGGCCAACGAUCCGAGAUGGGCUCACCAGAGGGAUCUGUCGAUGACUGUGAACGCGGUCACCGCCAUGCAAAUACCGCAUCAGCUGGAGGGUAAACAGAAGGCGUUGGACCUCUUCGUGGUGUUCCUAAAGGAGCACAGCUUGUGGAACAGGUUCUGCGCGGUCACGUGCCGCGCAACUAUCACGUCCACGUCCCACGUGCUCGGCGAGUACGCGGAGAAGAUGGUCGCGGCGUUGACACUGUACAGUCUACAAGCCAGAUACGCGGAGAUCGUGGACGGGGUGAUAGAGCAGACGUUGAGUCAGAAGGAAGCGUACGUGUCGGAGGAGCUUACGGCGCGCGACGUGUUUUAUCGCGAGGUGAGCGCGGUGCACCUCUUCCUGCCGAUCCUAGUGGAGAAGGCGCACGAGGUCGCGCAGUCCGAGAGGCCCUUGCAACAGAUCGGACGGUACAUUGUACAGGUCAACGCUAUUUUAUUGGCCGUGUUGUACGAGGUGGUCAAGUACCGCCAGUACAACGCCGAGCGCUUCGCCCCCGCCAAGUUCUCCGAGAUAACCGAGUACCUACCUUGGACGGCCGCGCCGGGUAAAGACGGUUUAAGAAACUGCCUCAACACGAUGCAGAGCGUCACCGUUAAGCACGGCGUGACCACGACCGGCGACUCCGCUGUGAGGAACGAGCUGUACGAGCAACUAGUCAGCCUGAUCGAUCUGAUAUUGGACGGGAGGAAGUGCCACUUGGAGAGCAUUUGCGGCACGGAGAGGUUCGAGGUUCUCCUCAAGCAAUACGAGACGGAACGUGCCAAUCUGAUACAGCCACUGAUCAAGGAGGAGCAAUACGAUAAUGCCGCCAUGCUUGCUGAGAAAUAUUGCGACUUUCCCUCGCUCAUGCAGAUCUGCGAGUUGACCGACAACAAGAGCCGGCUGGACGGUUACGUCGACAAGUUUGCGGCCCAGGACUUUGCCGGCUUCUUGUUCUCUUGGUACGUGAGGGACGGACGCCAGGGGCAGCUGGUCGAGAGAUGCAGGCGUGCCGGUACCGCGGAGCUGGCGGAGAAGCUGUCGGAGCAUCCCACCCUGUCCUGGGUGCAAGCGGCACUGACCGGCGAGCUGCGAUUCGCCGCCAAUACGCUUCACACUCUGGCGGUUCAGGAGUCUGAGCUGGUCACCCGUAAAAAGUCUAUGCUCUCGUUAGCCAAGCUGGCGCUACUCGCGUCGGACGAAUCCGAUCCGGUCGAGCCGGGGGAUAAAGUGCUGGACUGCGUCAAGACGAUCGACAACGAGUUGACGCUAAUAGCUUACCAAGAGGAUCUACCGGCACAAGUGCUCACGACGUACGGCUAUGAUAUCAAGAAGCUACGAGUGCUCACGCCGAGGGAAUUAAUCGUCUUGUACACCUCGAGCGACAACGUCAUCGCCAAUGAAUACGAUUUCAAGAAGGCUCUCGAUUUGCUCGAUUAUGUGGAGCACGAAGAGGACAAGUUGGCUCUGAGACUGCAAAUUUGGGCGCGCGCUGCUCGGCGAGAUCAGUGGGACAACAUGGAGAAGAAUCCCGAGCAACAAGUUCAGGAAACCCUAUUUUUCAAGUUGAUGGAUCUCGCCUACUUUAUGGGUGGGAAAGCAGAUGAAUUUUUGCCACAUAUCGAUAUGCUUCUCAAGGAACCUGAGCUCGGGGAACUCGCUGCUUCCAGUAAUUUCCAAUUUCUCAUAAAGUUAAUAUAUGAAUAUGCUUAUCGAAGCUAUUGAUGUAUAAAAUAUU